UGGGGGAUCGAGAACGGGGGCAGGAGAGCCAGACUCGGUGGGGCGAGGCCCAGGGCCCAGGCAGGGGCGAUGGAGGAGACGCUGCUCUCCACCCCCAUCAACCCCAACAACUUCCCCGCCAAACUGUGGCGGUUGGUGAACAGCCCCCGGUACCGCUCGAUUCGCUGGGACGGCCGCGGCGAGGGGCUGCUCAUCGACCAGCCGCUCUUCGAGGCCGAACUGCUCAGCCCGCCGGGGGCAGGAGCCGGCGUCGGCAGCGGGGGCGCCGGGGGCAGCGGGGGCGUCGGGGGUGCGGGAACCGAGCCGGAGCUGUUCAAAACCACCAACUUCACCAGCUUCAUCCGCCAGCUCAACCUCUACGGCUUCCGCAAGGUGGUGCUGGGCGGGCCGGGCGCGGCGGGCCCCGGGCCGGGGCCGGGGGGCGGCGGGCCGGCGGGCGAUGGGCCGCUCCACCACUUCCACAGCCCGCACUUCCGCCGCGACCAGCCGCAGCUGCUCGUGCACCUUAAGAGGCUCACCAGCGCCAACAAGGCCAAGCUGGCGGCCGGCCUGAAGGUGCCCUGCCGUCCGCCCAACCGCUUCCAGCGGCUCCUCAUCACGUCGGCCUCCGCCUCCGCCUCCGCGGCCUCCGCCUCCGCCUCGGCCUCCACCUCCCCGUUGCAGCACCAGGAGCCGUCGCCGCCCUCAGGGCCCCGGCCCGAGCCGCACGGACCAGUGGCUGUAGGACAAUUUCAUCGGUCAUUCCGGCGAGAUAGCCUGUCUCCUUAUUCCUACGUAUCAACUUCAUCCCACAACCACAAUACUUUCCCUCUGAAAGGUUUAGAUCGGACCCCGAUUCCUCCUAGAACGUGGCAGAACUCCCUUGGAAUGCACCCAGGACAAGUAGAAACGUCUCCCACUUUUUCAGAUAAAGGGGUUCCAUUUCCUGUACUGCAGAGGUUUCCAACUGAAGUUACCUAUACCCUGCAGCCCAGCACCACAUCUGUACAUGUUCAGCAAGGUCCUCAAACAAUGGUCAGCUCUUCCCAAAAAUAUAGUAACUACACACCCUCAGCACAAUACUCCCAAGCCUACUAUCCAACAGCUGUGUUACAGUGUUGCUCUCCUUCUACCCACAUGGACGCUCUCAGUAGUUGUGUUACUCCCACUGCCUCUACCUAUGCCCACUGCAACUACUUCCAGAAUCCUCCAAUGCAAUCCUCCUAUCCAGUUGAAUUUCUGCCUUCUAAUUGGCCUUGCAGUACCACUGAUGAAAAUAAAAAGACAGAAGUAAACCUAGAGGCUGUUUUUCGCAUCUUAGAUGAGUUGCAUUCCUCCCCUAAAUUGGAGAUGGUAAAGGUGGAGCCUGUUGAGAAUCAGUGCCCAAUAUCUCAGUCUAACAGAGGCCAGCAUAUCCUACCUAAUUCAAGCAACAGCAAUCCAUCUUCCACGAGUCAGGCUAGCCAGCUGGAGCCACUCACUCCUGUAGGUUCAGAUAUUACAUCUUUUGUGGUUGGAACAGAACAAGCAAUUACCUGCUCUCUACCACAAUCACCUGAGUACAUGUAUACCAUCCACACAGCUCAGCCUGUUGAAAAUACUACCAUGCAGGAAUCUACAGCCAUACAACAAACUCAUGUCAAACUGAAGGAGCAGCUAAGUAAGAAUCCAUCUCCAUCUUCAGUAGUAUUUGUGCAGGAAGGGCUAUCAUUCAGCCCACACGAGGUGGAUGCCAGUAUAAAAUGCCAGACUAGUCCACCUGAGAAUAUUUUGCCUUCAGAACAGAUGGGAUUCCUUAUUUCAGAGAUGGGGCCUGCUAGCAAGCCUAGUAGAGACACAGGUUUAUCCACUCCAGCCAGAUACAGAGAGCGAAGAAGCAACUCACGGCAAGGAAAGUCCCCUGAUCUGCAUCUGCUGGUGGACGUGGCCUGUAAGCAAGAGCACUUUCCAAAGGAGGAGGAAUUAAAAGAGUGAGGAAUGGACGACGUAUGUGACAUUCCAGCUGUAGCUGGAAGCAGACUAGCCGUGCACAUGACGCACUGUUGGGGUUUCUUCAGUUCUGUUAAGGAAAAAAAUAUUUUUGUUUUGUUAAUUGAGAAUUUUGUUAAUUGAAAAUUUGGAAUUUGGUAUUUACCACAGCCGUUCAGUUCAGAUUGUUUACCUUGACAAACACUAAACAUCUAGCAGCUUUUUUUUUCCUGCUGCCCAGAUCCCUUUCGAAUGAAAAUUCCCGGCCUUCUGUUACAGUGGAGACGCAUCUGAAAACUGCUGCAUCUCUGGUGCUGGGAAAUCUGUGUGUGCUGAUUUGUCAUCUCACCACUCUCAACUUACGGUCAGCACAUCUCCAGUGGGGACUUACAGUCUAUUUGUUUCAAGCCACAGUGUGAUUCUUUUAGAGAAGAUUGUAUGAGAAAUGAAGGCGUAUAAGGUCACCAAGAAUCACAGGUCCAAAUGGUUCAGGAAUUCUGGGGAAGAAACUCUGGGAAAGAGCUAAUUUUCUAAGUGAUUAACCAGGAAAUGCUCUUAACUUUCAAACCCAGCAUUCCGUUUCAAGAGCAAGGCCUCCGGACUUGGACCAUCCAUCACACUUAACAGCUUCUAAUUAUUUUAUAUUAAUGGGAGCAUUCUUCUAUUUUCAUAUCUUUCUUUCAUUUUAAUGAUUCAUUAUUAUAAAUGAUAAGGUUUUGUUAAUAUAUCAUUUAUUUAAAUGUCUUCUAAAGAAAAGUAUUUAACUUGUUUAAUAUACUUAUAAAUGCUGGUAGAUUUAAGAGUUUCAAAACUUUGUAUUUUUAUUGCUAUGUAGGAUAGAAGGAUAAAGGAGAUAUGUAUAAUAUUUUUACUUUGGGGGGAAAUAUACAAUGUGUGAACAAAAACAUUAAGAGAUUAUAUAACAAUGCCUUAUUAUUUUCGUUUUUACAUUCAGUAAGUAUAAAUUCUCAUUUAUGUCAGAUCUGGUGCACAAAUUUUGGGAUAAACUGAUUAGUAGUCAUUUAACAGAAGCUUUACCUCCAGUAUUUUUAAUAGUCCUUGUCCGGUUUAAGCUUCUGAGGGGAUUUUAGAUGGCGGGAUAGACUCUGACAUUUUUAUCUUGUCCCCUCUGUAGGACUCUACAUUUGAGUAGUAGGGCUGUGGGACUGGUUUUUGGGAGAGGUGUUUUUGUUCACUCUCUGUGGUUGAUCCCUUACUUGCUCAUCACAGGACAGCAAGAAACUCUCUGAUUUAAAGUCUUUUAAAUUGGCUAGGACUUUCUUACUGGAUUCUGCUUUAGUUUUCUGCACUGCAGAUACAAAAGGAAAGCCUAGGAAUAUGAAAGUAAUUAAAAAGAAAAGGCACUUAGUGACAUAAGUACUAUGUUAGCAUUGUGGGUAUAACAAUUCAUUAAAUUGCAUUGUGCCUUUCCAAUGAUGUCAAACCCUAGAAGUGUUACAGAGAUAGUUUUUUUUUUUUAAAAAAAGGAUGAGCUCUGUAUUGGUGACUCAGUUUAGAUAUGAAAGUAGGUUCUGAAAAGUGACCUGUUUGGUCCAUCUGAUUCUAAAUAGUUGAUGUCCCCGUGAUGGGCAUUUAUUCAUCUUUAUUAGCAAGGUUUCAAAAAUGAACAGAUUAUCAAGACUACUACAUCUUUUGGCCAGACUACGUCUUUUGGCAGAGUAUAUGAAGAGGAGACCCAAUUUCCAAAUGAAGGAACUUGGCUUUUUCUCUGUCAUGUUGAAAAGCUUAUGUACCGUGGUGCUAUUUCUUCUUGUAAAUAUGCCUUUCUUAGCUUUGUCUGUGUAGAAAGAGAUAAUAUAUUUUGAGGAACAUGUGUCAAGUAGGAACCUUGGCAUGGAUUUGGUUUCAGUGGUUUUAAGGCUUAAUUAACAAAAUGCCUUUAUCAGCUUUCCAGACUUUUUUUUAAUAUGUAUAUGAACGCAACAGACCGAGGAGCCAGGCCUCCUGCUAUACUCACAUGCCCGCUGCCUAUCAACUGAAGCUAUCAUCACUGACUUGGGUAAAACGGAAAAAGACAAAAUGAAAUCUUGGUGUGAAUUAGCCAGUCGGGUCUGACACAUACUAACAAGUUUCCUGACUAGCACUCCAGUGUUUCAGCACCUUAAGCGUGAUAAAUUUUAAUCAGUCAACAAUAAAGUAAGCGUUUCAACU